AUGGCUUUAUUGGAUUUAGGAAUAACUCAAGACAUUCCUUUGAUAGUGGAGAAAUCCGAAAAACUGGAUUUUAGUAUUUCACCAGGUGUUAAUAAUUUUCUUCCUCUGUCAUCAGCUCGGGGUAAAUUUAAACGAACGAAAAAACUUGAAAAUCAGUCUCCGUUUACUACUGAUUCAUACUCAACAUCUACGAUGGUAAAAGAAAAUAAAUAUUCGAAUCGCAGAAGUGGCUUAACUCCAAGUGCCAAACGUUUGCACAUGAGCUGUUCUGCAUCAGCUUCACCAAUGAAGUCAGUUGUAAUCCCUAAACGUUUGACAAGAUCCCAGUCAAAUAGUCCUUGUGAAAAACUUAAAACUUAUCCAUUGGCUGAUAACUCAAAUGAUUUUCGUUUUAUUCAUCGACACAAAUCAACAGAUAAUGAAUGCAUUUUGUCGGACUCAUCAUCUAUUGUACCCAGUCCAAACAUAUUCUCAAAUGGAUUUUUUGACUUUACAAUGUGCGACCAAUGUUCUGAUUUACGGUCUCACUCAUUAGAUUCUUGGAUGGAUCAUUUAGGUGAAUUACAUCCUGUACCGGUUCACUGGCCAAGUUCACGUGCUGAUCGUCUAAAUGAACUAGAAAAAAGAUAUCCUUAUACCACAGUUGUUGGUUCUAACAAAAAACGUAAGGCCUCUGCAAUUCCUCGGCCUUUAAAUAGUUUUAUGAUUUUCGCCCAAUACCUUCGAAGAAUCGUACUACACUGGUUUCCGGAUGCACCUAACGUACACAUAAGUCAACGAGUUGGACAGCUAUGGAGAAAACUAGAUUUAAAAAUGCGUGAUAAAUACAUAGAUGAAGCUUUUCGUUUGCAACAGUUACAUGCUAUAGAAUUUCCUGACUAUAAAUAUAGACCUAAAAAGCGUGCACGUAAUGUAGCUGGCACUGACAAUAACAUUGAAGCUGAUGAAUACAUUUCGAAGUCAGAGAAUGUCAUACCAAUUACAUCAAAGUCGAUAACAUUUAAUGAUAACAGUCACCCUGGAACGAAGUGUGAAAAUGUUCAUUUCCCAAGUGGUCGAAGUUUAACCACUUGCUUAAACAAUCGAAAUUCUGAUGAGAACCAUUCUCAUACACCAUUAUUAAUUGAACAACACAAAACUACUGCUGUAAACUCCGUCACUUGCAGCCGAAAUUAUCUACAACCAAAUCAACAGGUAAUUAAUAAAAUGAACAUGGAGUUAUACCAACCUGUAAAAGCAGAUUAUAAUUCCCGUACAACACGUAUUAGCAAUCCAUAUGACAAGAAAGUGUCCACACCGCCUGGCGUAAACGAUAACCAUAUUUUCAAGUUAAAUAAGGAAGUAGAUGAAACCAUGACACUUUUAGUUUCUGGUAGUGCGGAAAUCGGACACGGAGCAUACCAGAUGCACAAAACUAUACCACGUCAAACUAAUGAUAGAAUAACUGAAUCUCUGGUAUUACCAUCAUCAGCACUAAGUCAGGGAAAUCAAAUCAAAGAAAUACAAAUCUUAAAUAUGCAGUCACCAAAUGUUCAACAACUUGCAAAUGGACAGCCAAUCAUAUGCCGCACUUUUCUGUGUGAACCGCUUAAGGCAACUGUUAUUAGUCAGCCUGGAAUCAUCCCAAUUAAAACGAAUGGCUCGAUGUUAAACGGGUUAAUACUUGAUACUAAUGUGAAUAAUUUCGGUUUCCAUCCUUUUCCUACAAAAGCCAUUGAUAGUACUACAUCAUCCUUAUAUCCGAAAAUUGAUUUUUAUUGUAAUAAAGUAAAUUCUAACCCUUUGUCGAAAAUCGAGUUGGAAAAUGUUGUAUCUCAGUGUGUCAAUUCACCGAGUGCUCGUAACCAUAGUAAAGAUUAUCCAAGGGGAAGACUAGGUAAAAAAUAUGUCAGAAAGGAUUGUCGCAUUUUAAGUUCUAAACAGAGUGUUGAUAAUGGGAAACAGUCCGCUACUACUGAUUCAUAUGAAAUUGAUGUGUUAUCCAGUCGUCAUACAAAUACGCCUUUAUUCUUGGAAAGUCUGAGAUUGAAGUGUGAAAAUGAUAACGUUGAUGCAGCUUUCAGUUUUACUGAUAUCGAUACAUGCAAAUCAGGUACUUCUCUUGACGAUUUAGAACAGAUCUCUUUAUUUUCUUGUGAGAGUACAAGCGACGUCUUACAGACAUUGGACGCUUUGAAUUCACCAACCGAAGAUCACUCAUCAUUUGUUAAGUCUGAAAGUAUGUACAACCACCAGCUGAUGAAAACACCACAUGAAAAUUCAUUCACACAAUCUAACGGCUUGCCAAGCAUUGAGUCAUGGACAUUCGGGACAUCGAAGACUUCUCAAAUAAGUUGAGAUAUCUUUUUCACCAUAGAAGUAGUAUUCUUUUUGAUAUGUGCAUCUCUUCCGGUCAAAUGGAUUUGAGUACUACUGAACAUAGAUACGAGAUAUCCCCUCACUUAUUUCCCAUUGUUAUUUUUGAUCGAAAUGGACCCCCAUCAUGCUUUAUUUUUCUUAUAUGACCAGCUUUUGAUAAAUGCUUAAUUGAUAAUUUCAAAUAUUUAUUGCUGUCACUCGAUGAAUAGAUCAAACAUAAUAUGCUAUUUAUAAUAUAAGUUCCUAUUUU